AUGCGUAUCGCCGAAGUCUACAAAUCGAUCCAAGGCGAAGGCCUCCUCACUGGGACGCCCUCCGUCUUCGUGCGCGCAAGCGGCUGCAACUUGCGGUGCUGGUUCUGCGACACGCCGCAUGCCUCGUGGGCGCCAGAGGGGCGGGACCUCUCGGUCGAUGAGAUCGUCGCCCAGGUCGAAGAGUGGGACUGUCGCCAUGUCGUCCUCACCGGCGGCGAGCCGAUGCUGUUCGCCGAGCUGAUACCGCUCUGCGAGCGAUUGCGACGCAUCCGACGCCAUGUGACGAUCGAGACGGCCGGCACGCUCUUCCUGCCGGUGACGUGCAACCUGAUUUCGAUCAGCCCCAAGCUCUCCGGCUCAACGCCCGACCCCGAACGCCACGCCCACUGGGCCCGCCGCCACGAACGCUCGCGCCUACGGACCGACAUCGUCCGCCGCUUGGUGGCCCGGCACGUGUACCAACUGAAGUUCGUCAUCGACGUGCCCGACGAGCUGCCCGAGGUCGAGGAGUUCCUCAACGACAUCGGCGAAGUCGAUCCCGAACGCGUCCUGCUCAUGCCGCAAGGCGUGACGCCCGCCGAACUAGACCAGCGCGCCGCGUGGCUCAAGCCCUACUGCGAAAAGCAGGGUUACACCUACUGCCCCCGCAAACAGAUUGAAUGGUUCGGCGCAACGCGCGGCACGUGA